UCCCCAAGUUCAAGUCCCGGCGUUUUGGUUCCUUGUUAGCAGCUGAAUGCCCGAGGUGGUUUAGUGAGGUCUCGGAGACAGGGGACAGUGCUUCGAGGAAGCGCCCUCGGCUGAGGAGAGGAGGAUCCAAGACAAAGUCCUAUGAAGCCAGCCACCAACGACGGGCAAGAAUCAUCAUGUACCGCGUACUGUACAGAUAGGCAGAACCGAGAGUCACACACAAACACCACCAAACACACAACACCACACCACAGCACACGCCCCCCAAGUAGCCCCUAGAGACGAGCUGGAAGCGGGGAAAUGUCCCCUGGAGCCCUCGCGGGAUCGUGACCGCGAGUCCGUGACCUGUGACCAGCAUGAGCAUGGAUGGCGGCAUCGGUGAGGGUGAGGCGGCGCUGCGUGGGCCUGCGCCGGAAGCCAAGUCACGGGCACGCAUCAGCAACUUCGGCGGCGGUACUCCAUACCCCCAUCCCGAUAACGUCGGAGGUUGCGGUGACGGCCAGCAGCCUAUCGCCCGCCGUGUACAUGCACCUUCGGUCUCACCUCUCCACCCACCUCCACCACCUCCACUCUUUGCUUCUUCUGACUGCCUGCUCCAAGCAAGCCCAGACUCCACUCCACCACAGCCGGGGAAGGUUGAACGCCUCGCAGCGAUAGUUGGAGUCUCUCCUCUCAGGCUAGCAGCUGCGAAGAAUGGCGGUCGGGGCGUCCCAGGCAGAGAGAACUAUGACGGGAGCGUCGUGUGUUUGUUUGCCUGCUCGCUCAAGGCGCCGCCAAUUGCGACGCCUCGGCAUCUCCCGACCCGCUGCCUGUUUCUCCUGCUCGGCGAGACCCAGGGCCGAACAGCUGUCAAUGGCAAAAACGAAAAAAGGAAUUAAAAUAAAAACAACGACAAAAUCAACUGUUAAGCGACUGCCUAGACUGCCUGGACUGAUUUCCAAUUGUCUGAAAUGCCACACUCGACACCCACGACACGCACCACGCACACCCCCUCCCCUGCGCAUCCAUGACCCAUCCAUGAGUCGCACCGAGCCAAAAGGUGCACCAAACUCGCACGCUUGGUUGCGUCUAUCGCCUCCUCGGACACUUGCUGCACAUGGCCGCUUUUAGGCGGCGUCCA